AUGGAGUGGGCAGUGAAAAAAAUCGUCUCAAAAGUUGUUAGUUUCGCCUUGAAGGGAUGGCUUGAAGGUGUGGCUGAGGAGCAACUGCAGGCCGGCCUUGCUGAGGGACAAGUCACGCUCACGGACGUCGGCGUCAGCAGAGAUGCGUUGGUUUUUUUGGACGCUUACUACGGCAGCAGCCUGCCAGUCGAGGUGUUGCGCGGCACAGUCGGCAAGCUUCAUUUGUCUGUUCGCUAUGACAGUCUCUUCACCAGCCCAGUGGUCCUGCAUGUUUCAGACAUGCACUUGGUCGUGGGCCCUGCCUCAGACCCCCCAAACGUCGAGAGGCUGAGAGUCAUAGAGCGCUCGAGCAAGCGUGUCCAGCUCGACAAGAUAUUCCCUCCACCCCAGCACGAGACAUCGUCAUGGCUGUCGUGGUCUUGGGUGGUGAAUUUUCUCUUGGACAAGUUGCAGUUGUCCGUAAACGACGUGCACAUUCGCUACGAAGAUCGUACCAGCGCAGCACAUCCGCUCACCAUGGGCUUGUGUCUCAAGACUCUAGAAAUCGCAUCCACUAACAGCAAAUGGAAGAAAUGUUCGACGGACACGACGUCUAGCAGCCUACACAAGAUCAUCGACUUCUCAGGCUUGUGUGUAUACAUCAACCCCAGGAGUGAUCCUCUCAGGAUGGUCACCCCUCACCUCGGGUCUCACCUCUGGAGGGAUUACAUGAACCUCGGCCUCAACAGCUACACUAUCAACAGCGAGCCUUUCAAGUUCGUUGUGGAACCUGUCCGCUGCAAAAUAAAGUUGAAGCAACAGCGACCAGCAGAGCACGCAGAGUCCCGGGUGCCUGCCCUGUUGGUGGACUCGGUUUUCAAGAGCCCAAUUUCGGUGGUGAUCUCGAAGGAGCAGAUAGCGGCUCUAGCCAACUUGACGCACUCUUUCUCUUGCGUCGCGCGCAGAAGGCACUACUGGGAACACCGUCCAUUGCUACCACUAAAGCGCCACGCAGUGGACUGGUGGCACUACGCCCUAGAAUGUGUAGUGCUGUCUAGAGUACGACCCUACAGCUGGACCAGCAUAAAGAAACACAGAACCACGUACAAGAAAUACGUGGAGUUGUACAAGCGUCACCUGACAGAGAAAGGGGUCACAACACAGCAGUUGGAGGAACUUGAAGACGAGCUUUGUAUCAUGAACAUUGUAAUCGCUCGAUCUGAAGCAAAGAUUCGGGUGGGAAGAGAGAAGCCCGAGCUGGUGAAGACUCAACGUGCUCAAGUUAGCUUCUUCAGCUGGCUAUUUGAACGCACUCCGUCGCAAGAUGAGUGCGACGUGGUGGGGACGAAUGCUGACGAAGGUCUGCUACAAGAAUUGACGCAGGAGGAGCAACAGACGCUCCACGACUCCAUCAGAAAACUUCAUGGAGCACCGCCAGCAGCUGCUGAUGGAGAAGCGCUCAUAGAGAAAAAGAUUUACGUAAUAGCUCAGAACAUGAGCGUGAGCUUGGUAGACGAGCAGCGCGAGGUAGCGCUUGCAUCGCUCAUGGGACUGGGCUUCAACUACGAGAGUCGUUCCGCCGUCGCGUAUCAGAAACUUUCGUUUAAACUGGAUUCGUUUUUAAUCGAGGGAUGUAGCUCUGACAACGACCUGGUAUCCGUUGUUAAGCCCAUCGAGGAGACCUACUCCAGAGGCUACGGAUUUGCCUUCUCAUGUGACUACGAAACUAACCCGAAGCCGGGAUCUGCAAAUCGCAGCCUCACGACACGUUUGCUGCCAUUGGAAAUAAUCUACAAUGAGAGCGCAUUUACUGCUAUGCGAGGCUUCCUUGACGUGCCAGGCGUCACCACACGAUCUGUACAGGAGGUCGCCCUCAGCUCUUCAGAGAAGAUAUUGUCUUCAUCCAAGGCUUCUCUCAUGUACGCGUUGUCUCGCAACACCACAUACCAUCUGGACAUCGACAUCAAGAGUCCAUACCUCGUACUACCUGAACACGGAUCAUUGCAGCGAGGUGGUAACGUGCUCGUCGUUGACAUGGGAGGACUGCAGGUCAACACUGAAACUGGCGGGUCCAUUGAUGCGGCAGACGACGCUACCAUGUCAGAACUUGAAGAGAAACUCUACGACCGCAUAAACAUCACUGUUCCUCAACUUCAGAUCAUCUUUUCAGAUUCUGGGGAUGAGUGGCGAGCUCUCAGAUCGUCCGAUGAUUCAGUUCUGCAUCUACUGCCUCGAGUAAGAGUUGAUGCCUUCCUAGCCAACAGCGUGCACCCAAGCUACAGAGAGCUUCCUCAACAGAAAAUUGACUUCCGCGUCACUCCUGUGAAAAUUAACAUAUCGGAAAAACGCAUCCAGCAACUGAACGAGUUUUGGAAAAACUUUCCUCUUCCUGCAACGAAAGAUCAAGUGGACUGCUGCGUCUAUAUGGAAAAACUACCGGAACUUGAAACUUGGAUUGCAUCUAAAGAUAUUUCCACGCUGUGCAGCAUAAGACGCUUACUCUCCAUCAAAAAGUCGAGUAAAAAUGAAAAGGCUCCUCCACAUGAAGAUACUAGGCUCAGUUCAGCCCUACAACAGCUGUUGUACAAGAAAUCUGUCGAUGAAAUAUCGGAGACGAGUGCUGAACUUCAGCUCUAUUUCCCGAGUUCGGAGAACAGCGACGAUGAUGUGGAUGGUUCAGCCUCAAAUAAACGAACUAAUGAAAUUCCAGGCUUUGAUGAAAAUGUUUCACCUCACAACAAAGUAAAGAUCUUGGCCCGAAUGCGCAUAGAAGAAAUAACAAUUGGGAUCUCAAGAUCAAACUACGAGAAUGAUCGCCCUUAUUUGAUGCUAAAACUCAGUCACUCAGUGGUUGAAAUCGUAACGCUGGAUUUUGGCAGCGCUUUUCUUUUAAACCUUGGUGCAAUUCACUUGGUGGAUAAAUUUCACAACGGUCCUGAUGGAGAAUAUCUGGAGCUGAUUUCUUCACCUACUAACCAGAGAGUGAUAACCAUAAACUUUCGAUUCAUUGAUGCCAAAUGCCCUGACUUUUCAAGUCAUUUCCAAAGCACGGAGCGCAAGCUGAUCUUGAACGUGGCUACCUUGAAUUUUGUGUGGCACCGAGGUUCCAUUAUUACUCUAAUCAAUUUCCUGAAACACUCCUCCUCGAAGUUUCAAAUGAAUGUCGAAGUUCCGGAAGUAAAACUAGAGGACCCACUACCUACACAUCUCUUGACAACUUCAAGCUGCCAUCCUGUUCCACUCGGAGCGCUCAAAUGGUCAGUAACUUCAUAUGUUUCCGUCAUCAAUCUUAAAAUGUGCGACACUGACGUUGACGUCCUCGAAGCGAAAAUUACUGGGCUGCUCACUAGAUACAGCUUUAAAGCAAACGAAAAGAAAACUUUCCAAAUAUGCGUAGAGAACAUAAUUAUCGAUGACAGGUCAGAAAUAACUCUGUACAAUCGGAUCCUUGAAGUUGAAGAGGACUUUGCAUUCGACAUCAAGUACGAAGAGCUGAGCCCCAAACUGACUGCUACUUACAACGUCAAGGAGGCAGAGGAAUCGUCCAACAAGCCAGAAAGCUCUUUAGAUUUCAAAGUAGGAAAACUUCAAAUUGUAUUCUUGCACAAGUUUCUAGCAGAUAUAAUUAGAUUCGUUGACCCUGUUCUUCCUAAAGAGAGACAGCAACCGAACUUGAACAAAAGUGCUAUCAAUUCAGAAAAGUCUCUAAUCGAAAAGUUAAUUAGCAAAAGAGUGCUGCAUAGAUGGGACAUAAGGACAUUAUCUCUCAUGAUUCCUCAAAAAUCUGACUCGCCAAGUUUACUUACAAUCAACACAGGGUCAAUGAGAGUGGAGAAUAUGUUUACUGCAUUCAAUUUCGAGAACAUGCUCGUUGAGCUGGGCCCAUUUCAAGUCAGUCGAUCUGUGUUGAAACUAUCUGAAGGGAUUGAAAUGCAGGAAGCGAUUCUUGAACCAGCGAAAUUCCGAUGUGAUAUCAAGCGUUGCCGCGACUCACAGAGUAGAGGAUUGCAUCCUUGGGACUUUAAGGUCCAGUUGGGAACUAUCCGUAUCAACAUCGGACAAAGGGAUCUGAGCGUCAUACAAGGAGUAUUGUCCGAAAAUAAGGAAGAGGGUCAGUUUGAAGCAGCUGACCUUCGGUCUCGAGCUGCAACGCCGACAAUCACAGUCACUGACGAAACGGAAGAAAAUGUUCGCAAACUUCACGCCUUCUUGACAUCGGUAGAUAUCUACAAAAAAUCUACAGGUAACAUAACUUUAGACAGCUUGGUAGUUACCCUCUACACUGACAUGGACGAACAGUGGAGCUCUCCUGUUCGAGAUGCAGCGGCGGCAUUGGCACGGUUGGAUGUUGAAGAGGUAGACUUACGUGCUGAUACAUUCAGUAACAACAGUCUAAAAGCGAGACUUACGAUACGUUCUUGUGAUUUCUUCGACGUCAGGCCAGAAAGCUCAAAUGUGGCCAAAAGAAUCUUUGGUCAAUCGAAUGAAUUCAGUUUAAAUACUUGUGACGGCGUCUGCAUAAGCAGUCCUCUUCUGUUGGACGCAUCGCUCAGUAGAACUGCAAACGGAGACACGGCUAUUGAAAUGACUCUUGAUAAAACUAGGCUUUGUUUGAGUGCCAAUGUGUGUGCAUCAAUCCAUAAGUACAUGAUGGGAGCCUUACCUCCAGCGGAUACCAAGAAAGGUCUGGAAAAUCCAGGCUUCACCGAAGAUUUCUCUGUGACUGCCGAGACUCUUCGGCCUCACCAAAGACCAUCAAGUUCUGACGGUAGCACCAGUGGUUACUUGUCUGCCAACAGCUCUACUAGUAGCGGCACCGUAACGACGUUCUCCGUUCUCGUAAAACCACUUCAAAUUUUCAUUUUUCCUGAACCUGAAAAACACUACAGUCCCGUAUUUCUACUCUACUUGGGUAUGAGUGUUGAUUUUUCCCGUCAUCCAGUCUAUGAAAGCUGGAAAAUCCAAACUCAGGACGCAUCGUUUUCUAGCGUGAUUUACUCUAGUAAGAAGCAAGCACCUUACAGAAUUAUCGAACCCUUUGAAGUAACUUUCACGGCCAACGCCAGAUUUCCUGAAAAUGAAGAAAAGUUCGAUGUUCAUGUAUCCCCGAUCACUGCACACAUCAGUUCAACCACACUGAAUAUGGCAAAAAAGUGCAUAUCGGAGAUGAUGGAUGCAGUAGAUCCCCACGUUGUUUUUCCAGAACUUAAACUACCAUCAGCAGACUUGGAGAACUUGUGGACUCCAAAGGGUCUUUAUGCAAAUUCGAUCAAUCUAGACUCUGAUGAGAUAGAAACUAAGAAUAAAUUCAGCUCGCUGUGUCAUAAAGGAAGUUCACAGGUGAAUUUCGAACCCACCAACAUCGAAGUGUUCUUUGAAGACAACGAUGUGCCUAAACCAGUUUUUUUAUUAAAAAGCUCGUUAACGGGCCACGUCAAGGACUGGAGGAUCACUGGGGAAAGUAAAACCGUUCUGCAAAUCGAAAUUCUUUGCUUCAAUCCUGAAUAUUCUUGUUGGGAGCCUAUGCUUGAACCUAAUGACAGUAAGCCUUUAGAGAUAGUUGUGGCGACAGAAAAAUGUCUCGCUAAACCCAUUGGCGUGAUCAAAUCUUUUGACAAAAAUGACAAAGUGGACACUUGCGGACAGUCUUUGAGAAGCCAGCGUACGUCUUCUUUUGUACAGCAAAGUUCCGACUCUUCUAGUGACUCAGACGAUCAGUGUGACUCUGAAAUGGUGAUCUUACGAGCACCGAGGCAACGCAAACAGAAAAACACGUCAUCUUUCCGAGUUCACCAUUACACGAGGGCCUUACCAGGCCAGGCGUCGGAUUCAGAUUCUGACGACGCUGUCGUCCACCAAUUAUCGAACGCCUUCACCCACCUCUUCUCGAGUGAGUCCGAGGGCCAAGACUCGAGCGACGACUGCUCAUCUCCAGACCUCGACCCUCCUGGGGAAAUUCAAACUGACGACGAAGCGCUUCAGGAAAAUACAGCAUGUACAGCACCCCGUGAACAUGAGGCGGCCACCGGCGAAGAUGAUGACGAAGACGCUCUCUACAACUCUGAAGACGGCGCUAUGGAUUCAGUGGACGGCAGACGCGAUGACCAGCAGAGCUUGUGUGUGACGGUACAUGCAGCAGAGAACCUGGAGUUCACACUUACACCAAGGAUGGUGCUAUGUUGCCAGCUUGUGCUUACGAAGUUAAUGGACGAUUCGAGCGACCUAAAUUGGAGCCCACCGCAUUCGUUAGAUCAGUCGGGACCAAAUCUCUACCUUCACAACGAUAUCGGGGCUCAAUCUUCACUCACCCUCUACUGUGCUACUCAAGACGACCCUAGGAGCGACAGCGUUCAGUGGAAAGCAAUACGCAGCGCUCAGCACGGCGUCUGGUCGACGCCCUCCAGUCCAGCCUCGCUGUCCAGACCUCUCAGCCGAGAUGAACUUAACUCCUCCGAUGACCAUCUCUCUACCUUGGACUGGGACGCAAUAGAACUGGAUCUCGAGCCUAACCCUUCCACCGUCCUGGCGACAAGUCAAGAGCAGCGUGAUCAGUACUUCCCGAAAAAAGAGUUCAGCACAGACUACAUCGAACUUUUCAGACGGCUUACCAAGUACAAGAUCAAAAUUUCGGUGACAGGUUUCGAGCCGCUGGUCGUUUACGUUGGGUCAAGGUCUCGUAGACGCAUCUUUCACCUGCGGUCGGAGCGAUCACAAACAACCUGUCCGCUCUUCGUGGACGUUCGCAACUGUGGAACAGAAGUUCACGUUACUGUCAGCAGCCCGCUCAAGGUUAUGAACAACACUCGAAUGCCAGUGAACUUAUGCUACCUCAAGAGCAGUCUACCACAGUACCCAGCAGACGACUUGUCCUCCAACCUACCACCGAUCGCGUCACCCAGCAACCCGUUCGAGACGCACCCGUCGCUUACGACCCUACAGCCUGACGAAGUCUACACCGUGCCGCUCCUCGUGGCCUACCACUCCGGCCUUUACCUCCAGCCUGCGGCCUCUGAGUACAGAGUGAGCAGAGACGGGGUGUGGUGGCAGGACGCCAAGACGCUGUCGCGCCCUCUGCUCAUCAGCUGCACGCGACCUGCAGACAAAAUCCCCAUGACCUUUGCUGUAUCAAUGGAGAAGGGUGAUUGGCUUCGCUCUCAGCAACACGACGAAGGGACGAUCUCGAGCAACGUCGCAGAUUUCACCCUCACGAUCCAGGCGCCUCUGGUGCUUCACAAUCAUCUCCCCUACACCCUCGAGCUGCGACAUCCUGAUUUAUCUCAGCCUCGGUCCCUGGAUCCCGGCGCUGCUUCUUCCUUCCACCACUUCGAUCCUGAACAAAAACUCACCGUGCAGCUACAAGUGAAUAACUAUCUUGGAAAGGACUGGAAAGGUAGCCUGGUUGUUUCAUCUGACAAGACCUCCGACAUGCGGAGUGUUGCUCUGUCUGACGCGGACAGCGGUCACAAGCUUGAGCUUCUUGUUAGAAGCGUAUCUUGCCCAGCGUUUGCACUUUUCGUCCACACUCCUUACUGGAUCAUCAACAAAACCGGCCUGACUCUUUACGUCCAGGGUGCUCGAAAAGCUGAGUACAAAACUGAAUCCCAAGAUCAAAUUUUGCUCUACAAGUACAAGCCAAAUUCGCCCACAAAAAUUAGGGUGAGGGAAGAAGAGAGCGACUGGUCCCGACACUGGAACCCGAACGCGCUGGGGACCGACGGAGUUGUGUUUUGUCCGGACCGCAAGCGCGGCAAGAAAUAUCGCUUCUGCGUCACGUCGCAGAUGGCAGCCGUGACCGCCGCCAUUUGCGUCGCCGAUGGUCCGCUUGUGCACAGGACUAGCAAAGAGCACCUGACGACGCUGGUGACUCUCUCUCCCUACUUCAUGGUGCGCAACAUGACAUCCCGCACCCUCAGGUUCAUGGAGGACAGUGAUAAAAUGGACCUCUGGCAUGACCUCGAACCUAAACAAUGUCGGGCGUUCUGGCCGGAGCAGGAUAAGCAGCUGAUGGUGGUGCAGGCUAAGGACAGCAGGAUGCGGUCCAUGGCCUUUCACUACAACUCGGAGCACAAGACUGUUCUGCGGACGGAGAAAGGAAGAGCGCUGGUGGUGCGAGUGGGCAGACCCAGCACCCACGAGCCCAUGCUGGUGAGCCUGGAGCCCUACAGCGCCGGCGACGCGCCCGUCAGAAUAGAGAACUGGUGUGACGACCUCGUGCUGAGGGUACGACAGCUACCCCACCAGGUGACGCUGGUGCAGCAGAGACAGUCGCUGCUCUACACCUGGGACGACCCCAGCGCGACGCGGCAGCUGCUCUGGAGCGCCUACGACGAGAAGAGGAAGGAGUUCCCUGCGCUCGUCAAGAAGAGCGGCAGCGGAUCGGAGCUGAUCAGCAUUGAGAUGAGCCGCAACCUGACGCAAACUAGCCGCGACAAGCCCAAGACGCGCCCUGGCAGCUCCUCUAAAGGCGCCCUCAGACAGUCGUCAUCGUCGUCUGACGAAGGAGAACAUCCAAACGCCACCAAGACAACACAUGUGCUGCAGAAGGAGACGGUGCGCGUGUACUGGGUGAGCUACAUGGACGGUCUGCAGAGAGUGCUGCUGUUCUCGCAGAAGCCCCGGCUCGCCGCCCUCUCCAGGGCCCUCGAGGAGCAAGCCUCCCUCGAGUUCGUGGCGUCACUCAGCCAUGUCGGACUCUCACUUAUCACAGAGCAGAAAGAAGAGCUUUGUUAUGUUAGCCUGCAGUCAAGCCCUGCCACGUGGGAGGUCUUCCUAGCGGGAAAGUUCAAGUCUGUUCCUUCUCUGGAGUUAGCGACGUGGCUUGAGUACCAGUACCAAAAUUGUGAAGACUUUUCUACCAACAUCGCAGGCUCCUUGCAGAAAUCGGUCGCACGGUCCCGCUCAGUGAAGGUUAACUUUGACUCGAUGACGCUCGAGAAGCCCUUCCUGGCCAAGCUGCGCCGACAGCAAAGUCCUGCGGUGUGGCUACACUACCGCUGCUCCCAACACUACAGCGGCGUCUGCCUCACACUUCACAGGCUCCAGGUGGACAACCAGCUUUUGGGUGCCCACUACCCCACCGCCCUGAGCCCCGCCCCCACUACCACACCCAACGAGCACUGCCUCGCCCUCAGAUCCUUGCUCCACUACCCCACCUCGGGCCCACCAACCCUCAGGCAUCUGAGUUUGCUCGGGACGGAGUUCAACCUCAAGUUGGACGGAGACUUCUACCUUAAAGCCUGGGACCUCUACACUCAGCUGCUGCCUCAGCAGCCUCCCUGCCUGCGGACGCAACUCCAGCACAUGCACACGCCGCUAGCCUUCCUGUACUCGCAGAGAGGAGUCGAGAGUGGGUCUCAGUUGGACGUGGUGGUAGAGAAGGUGUGCGUGGCAGGUUUUAGCCUGAACCUGUCAUACUUCCCAGCUACUCACUUCAGCCACAACGCAGAUCAGGACCCAAGCUGGCUCUGUUCUUUGCCAGCCUCACUGCUCGAGUUGAAGGACGUGAAGCUCAGCGUAGGACAGUACCACCGCGAGAACAAACCUCUCAACGACGUUCUGUGGGACUUCCUUGAGGCGUCCUACUCACAACUCCUGCAGCAGAAGCUGGUGCUGGCGCUGGGGCUGGACAUACUGGGCAACCCUUACCAGCGCCUCCGUGCCCUCACCGAGGGAGUGUGUGACGUCAUCUACGACCCUGAUAAGGGCUUGUUGGAAGAACCUGACGCUUACGAGUGGAAGGUGGCGAAGCGUGUCCGUAGACUUUUGUGCCUCGUAGUGGGCGGAACUAUCCAGUCGACAGCCUCAAUGAUGCGCACGGCGUCAAACGUCGCUGCCAAAGCCGUCCUAACUCCGCACGAACAAAAAAAACGACACCUGCGCGUGAACACUGGUGAGCGGAGGGUGCAACCAGCGCAACGAUCCCUCGCUCUCAGUCUCAUCUCUGGAUCCUUCAACUCUCCUUCGAAACCCGCUUACGGCAGCAACAACGAAGGGCUUCGAGGCUUCUUGAGCGGAGUGGGGCGCGGGGUUCACAGCCUCACCACCAAGCCCGCGCUGGGGAUCUUGGACGCUGCCUCCUUCACUCUCGACGCUGUCAAGAGAGCGCUGGCCAUGGGUCUUGAGAUAAGCGUACAGCACCGCCUUCCCCGGCACCUAAGCGAGCACAGCAGCCUGCAGGCGUACAGUGAGCACAGCGCUCAGGGCCGUGCUCUACUGAUGGCGUUGUGCUCAGGAGCGUUCGCCCUCUCAGACGCCUACUGCACCCACUGCAUCCUCGACGACUGCGACAGGUUCUCAGUCGCCAUAGUCUCUGACAGGAACGUGUUUUUGGUGGAGAGAUGCAGCGCAGCUAGCGCAGGGGAGUUGAGUUGGCGGUUGAGCCUCCGCGACCUGUCGUCCCCGCCCUCCAUGUCUGGCGAGGGCCUGCAGCUCGUAGUCCGCGGCUCCAACGCGACGCUGCAGACGCGGUACAUCAAGAGUCCUGACGCUCAAAAGCUCGUCCAUCUUCGAAUGUGUAUCGAAACUCUCCUGGUGAUGGAGAUGGAGAACCACCCGUGUACCGAAAUUGGCUUGAUUGAGGACCAGGAAUGAUUACACUUGCCGUUUACUAAGACACGAGUGAUUAAUCGUGUUUGUACUUCAUGAUUAAUCAUGAUAGCCUAGUUUGUGGAUGUAUUUGACUGAUGAUGACCAAGUAUGAUUAAAAUUUCCGUGAACCAAGAUAUUAUCUAUUGACGAUGACCAGAAAAUUAUUGGAAUAUCACAGCACCGAGAAAUGAUUGGCCAGAAAUUAUCAGAUUUUCUAUAAGUUUAAUACAAGCUAGAUUGAUGACGGUAAUAAUUGGCUGGAUAGUCCUCGUUUGUAGAUCCGAUCCGUUAAUUCGACAAGCAGCGAUCAUUGGAUUCUCCUUAAUUUCACGCUAUGGGGAGCAGAACUCAGUCACUGGGAGGGACGUGCUAGACCUCAAUAAUAAUAAUAAUUAUUACGGCGGUUUUAUUAAUUAAUAAUACCAACCCCUGGGGUCGGUAGUAGACCGACCCCUAGGGGCCGUAAAGCUAAGCUUCUAAUCAUACGGCGUGGUCAAGACAACGUUGCGCAAUAAGAUACAGGGACAGAACCCACAUUGUUUUAGUAGUUGUUUUAAUCGCCCAUCUUGGUAGUGGCGACUAGGGGUGAAUAGGUCAGUUUAUCAGGGCAUUAAGACCACAGGUAGUUCCACGACAUCACUGGCCGGCUGACCCGCCAGAACAAUUUUCUUUGCAUUACCAAACACUCUGGACAAGUUAGUGACUCAUUUACCAACCAGAAUUGGAUUAAUGCUGAAUUGGCAAUAAGCUAAACUCUCCGAAAUCUCCGAAAGAAUUUGUUCUACGUGGCACACGAACCCAGGUUGCUGGGUAUGAGAGUCAGAGUGUUUCACCACUUCACCAGCGAAGCUCACAGAACUUUGUCUCGUCGCAUUGACGACAGCUUGGCUUAGACUGCAGAUGAGGCAUAACCUAAGUCUGUACUCUUAAGUAGUCAUCUCUGGUGGCAUAUAAGAAAAUAUAACUCAGUACUCACUUCAGUGAGUCACAGAG